CACCGGAUUAACUGGUGACAGCGCGGGAGAGAUAACAUAACAAAUAAGGUUCGUGUGGUGGCCAGAUGGCUACAUAGAACUCAUUGUUACGUUGGACAAAAAAUUCAUCACAUUUUCUGUUCUUCACCUGCUCCUUGCCGAGAUGUCUUCCCUUUUCAGAUCGGAGGAAAUGACAUUGGCUCAACUUUUUCUUCAAGCUGAAGCAGCUUACACUUGCGUGAGCGAACUUGGAGAGUUGGGCCUAGCACAGUUUCGAGAUUUAAAUCCAGACGUGAACGCUUUUCAGCGUAAGUUCGUCAAUGAGGUGAGACGAUGCGAGGAGAUGGAAAGAAAACUUCGAUUCUUAUACAAGGAAAUUGAAAAAGCAGAUAUACGUGUAUCAGAAGCCAUAGAAUAUCCAGAAACUCCUCAAUUACGAGAGAUGAUUGAUCUUGAGGCCCAAUUUGAGCAGCUUGAAAAUGAAAUGAAAGACAGCAACACAACUUAUGAGACACUUAUGAAGAACUCUUUGGCACUGACAGAAUUCAAACACAUUUUACAAAAAACUCAAACCUUCUUUGAAGAGGCUGUCUUAGAGGGAAAUCAACAACUAAUGCAUGAAUCACAGAGGAGUGAUUUACAGGCACUCACAGAAGAUGACGCAAUGGAUGAAAUGGGAAAAGAAACUCAACUGGGUUUUGUCACUGGAGUCAUAGUGCGUGAGCAAAUGCCUUCAUUUGAACGUCUUUUGUGGCGUGCCUGUCGAGGGAAUGUGUUGUUAAAACAGGCAGAAAUAGAGACUCCUUUGGAAGAUCCAAGCACUGGAGACCAAGUCAACAAGUGUGUCUUUAUUAUAUUUUUUCAAGGAGAUCAGCUCAAAAGCAGGGUGAUGAAAAUUUGUGAGGGGUAUCGUGCUUCAAUCUACCCAUGUCCAAACACUGCGACCGAGAGAUUAGAGGUUGCCACUGGAGUAGACACAAGGAUUGAAGAUCUUCAAAUGGUCUUAAAUGAGACAAGAGACCAUCGUUACAGCUUGUUGACAACUUUGGCAAAGAACAUUAGUCAGUGGUUUAUUAAGGUUAAAAAGAUCAAGGCCAUAUAUCAUACCAUGAACACGUUCAACUUGGAUGUUACUCAGAAAUGUCUUAUUGCUGAAUGUUGGUGUCCAGUAAGUGACUUGGACAAGAUUCAUCAAGCAUUGCGGCGAGGCACAGAGCGUAGUGGUGCUGCUAUACCAUCUAUUCUGAAUCGCAUGGCCUCUGAUCAAGAGCCUCCAACUUUCAACAGGACUAACAAGUUUACCCAGGGGUUUCAAGCCAUUGUAGAUGCCUAUGGAGUAGCAAACUAUCAAGAGGUUAAUCCAGCCCUGUUUACUAUCAUUACCUUCCCAUUUCUGUUUGCGAUCAUGUUUGGAGACUGUGGCCAUGGCUUGAUAAUGUUCCUAUUUGCAUUGUGGUUAGUUCUGAAGGAAAAGAAGCUGAAAAAUUAUAAAGGUGGUGGUGAGAUGUUUGAGACCAUUUUUCAUGGCCGCUAUAUCAUCUUGUUGAUGGGACUGUUUGCCAUGUACACUGGUCUUAUUUACAAUGACUGCUUUUCCAAGUCCUUCAACAUCUUUGGCACAGCCUGGGAUCUUAGUGUAGAUUGGAGUCCAAUCAGUAAGGACAACCUAAAUAAGUCAGUUGCAGAGAAAGAAGAAAUCUGGGUAGACCCCAGGGAAACAUAUAUAAGAGGGGUGCCGUACUUCUUUGGUAUUGACCCAAUCUGGCAGCUGGCUACGAACAAACUUGCAUUUACCAACUCAUUCAAAAUGAAGAUGUCUAUUGUAAUUGGAGUGGCCCACAUGAUGUUUGGAGUUUGUCUAAAUUUCUUUAAUCAUCGACACUUCAACAAAUCUUUAGAUAUUGUUGCUGAGUUAGUACCCCAGAUCCUGUUUUUGUCAUGCAUCUUUGGUUACCUGGUCAUUCUGAUUGUCUACAAAUGGAUUGCUAUAGAUAUCAACAGUAAGAAUCAACCAAGCUUACUGUUGGCACUCAUCAACAUGUUUCUGGAAUUUGGUUCAAAGAUAAAAGAUGAAAAUCUUCUGUACGAUGGACAGGCUGUUGUUCAACCAUUACUGGUUGUUAUAGCAAUGCUCUGUGUUCCCUGGAUGCUCUUAACAAAGCCCUUAUAUCUCCGACAUCGGCACAGAGUUAACAAAGAACAUGGUUAUCAGAGGUUAGGGCCAGGUAACUCCAGUACUCCUCUCUUGUCCGGGGAGAUGGAUGAUCCUGGUAUAGACUCUGGUGCAGUGGUUUAUCAUGACGGCUCGUUUCAGGAAGAUCAAUCACCUGAUGACCAUUGUGAGGAGUUUGAUUUUUGGGAAGUGUUUGUACAUCAGGCCAUCCACACUAUCGAAUACUGCCUCAGUUGUAUCUCAAACACGGCCUCUUACUUGCGACUGUGGGCCCUAAGUUUAGCUCAUGCAGAGCUGUCGGAAGUAUUUUGGAACAUGUCUCUUCGUCCAGCUUUCACAUUUACCGGUUGGCUGGGUUCUGUCGCUGCCUUUGUUAUAUUUUCACUUUGGGCAGUUGAAACCGUAGUCAUCCUGUUGAUCAUGGAGGGUCUGUCGGCCUUUUUGCAUUCGCUUCGUCUACAUUGGGUCGAGUUCCAGAACAAGUUUUAUCAAGGAACAGGCUACAAAUUUCAACCAUUCUCCUUCAAGUCGAUUUUGAGUGGUCAGCUUGAGGAAUAAUUCUAAUGUUCGGCUUCCGGAAAAGAAUUUCAAAGUCGGAUUUGUUCCCGCCCGGUAUCUCAUAAGAAGCAUUCGAAGAGGGCGCAAUGAACGAAUGGAAGUUUUUUCUACUUUUUAUUUUGUCUUUUCUAGGUACUUUAUACCAUCCUCCUAUUUUCCUUGGUCUUUCGUCGGCUUUCAAAAAUUGGAUGCAUGAAGAUUUGGAACAGGGCGGAGUUUAUCAUGAAGUUCAUAGGAUAGUUCUUUAUAAAAAAAAUGAAGGUUGUUAAACAUUGAAGAUUAUAUUGAAACGAAUAUACUCGGAAUUUUUCUUAAAGAGAUUCUUAGACAUUAAAUAAGCUCAAAAAUAUUUAACGUAAAAUGAUUUUUUUGCUUUAAGAGCGAUGAGAUAAACUCAUGCCUUAUUUAAAGUGGAUAUUACUCCAGAAAGUAUUUAUUAAUAGUCAUUAAAUAUGGGUUUAAGUUUGACUGUUACAUAAAGACCUAAAAUAAUUAACGAGUCUCAAAAAUGUGUGAAUU